CAAAAUGUAUUUGCACAGUUGCAACUUAUAAUCCAAACAACGAGAUGGUCCAUAUAAAAGGCUGCGCCAUCAGAGAUGUGGUACCUACUUGAUCUUGAUCAUCGGUCUCCAAACACUGCAACAUGAAAACCUUCGUGUUAUUGUUCGCCGCUGUGGCGGCCCUAGUUUCUGCGGAAGCUGUCAGCAUCCCGGAUCGCGCACGAGAUGCAGUAGACAGAUCUUUGUCUUUAGCAGCAGAUAUAGAAGAGGGAUUGCCUAAUGUUGCUACUGAUGACGCUGGGAGAUAUGGCAGACAGAGGCGUGCCCUUUCUUGGAUAAGCAAUAUAGUUGGUGCGAUUAAUGAGAAAACAAAUGAAGCUGUUGAAAAAAUGCAGGACGUAGCAAACGGAGUCGUGGACAAAGUACAAGAUAAAGCAAACGAAAUCCGCGAGAAGGCAAAGGAAACAAUUGACAAUGUGCAGGCCGCAACAAACCAGUUCGUGGACGGUAUGCAAGAUAAGGCAAACGAAAUCCGCGAGAAGAUAAAGGAAAGGAUUGAAAAUUGGGAGGAAGUAAAGGAACAAAUCAGGGAAAAGUUAGAAGAACUGGUAAACACUAUCCGCGAGACGGCAGAGGGUUUGGAUUGGGAGGAAGUAAAGGAACAAAUCAGGGAAAAGUUAGAAGAACUGGUAAACGCUAUCCGCGAGAAGGCAGAGGAAAAGAUUGACGAUUGGGAGGACUUAAAGGAACAAGCCAAGGAUAAGUUAGAAGAACUGGCAAACACUAUCCGCGAGAAGGCAGAGGAAAAGAUUGAAAAUUGGGAGGAAGUAAAGGAACAACUCAAGGAUAAGUUAGAAGAACUGGUAAACGCUAUCCGCGAGAAGGCAGAGGGUGUGAAUUGGGAGGAAGUAAAGGAACAAGUCAGGGAUAAGUUAGAAGAACUGGUAAACGGUAUCCGCGAGAACGCAGAUGGAAAGUCUGUCAAUUGGGAGGACUUAAAGGAUAAGUUAGAAGAACUGGCAAACUCUAUCCGCGAUAAGGCAGAGGAAAAGAUUGAAAAUUGGGAGGAAGUAAAGGAACAACUCAAGGAUAAGUUAGAAGAACUGGUAAACGCUAUCCGCGAGAAGGCAGAGGAUUUGAAUUGGGAGGAAGUAAAGGAACAAGUCAAGGAUAAGUUAGAAGAACUGGUAAACGCUAUCCGGGAGAAGGCAGAGGAUGUGAAUUGGGAGGAAGUAAAGGAACAAGUCAGGGAAAAGUUAGAAGAACUGGUAAACGCUAUUCGCGGGAAGGUAGAGGAAAAGAUUGAAAAUUGGGAGGAAGUAAAGGAACAACUCAGGGAAAAGUUAGAAGAACUGGUAAACGCUAUCCGCGAGAAGGCAGAGGGUGUGAAUUGGGAGGAAGUAAAGGAACAAAUCAGGGAAAAGUUAGAAGAACUGGUAAACGGUAUCCGCGAGAAGGCAGAGGGAGAAUUUGUCAAUUUGGAGGACGUAAAGGAUAAGUUAGAAGAACUGGUAAACUCUAUCCGCGAGAAGCUAGAGGAAAAGAUUGAAAAUUGGCAGGAGGUAAAGGAAGAAGUCAAGGAUAAGUUAGAAGAACUAGUAAACGUUAUCCGCGAGAAGGUAGAGGAAGUGUUUGACAAAUAUUGGCAGGACGUAAAGGAUAAGUUAGAAGAACUGGUAAACGCUAUCCGCGAGAAGGCAGAGGAUGUGAAUUGGGAGGAAGUAAAGGAACAAGUCAAGGAUAAGUUAGAAGAAGUGGCAAACGCUAUCCGCGAGAAGGCAGAGGGUUUGAAUUGGGAGGAAGUAAAGGAUCAGUUAGAAGAACUGGCAAACUCUAUCCGCGAGAAGGCAGAGGAAGUGGUUAACAAUUGGGACGAAGUAAAGGAUAAGUUAGAAGAAGUGGUAAACGAUAUCCGCGAGAAAGCAAGAGAAGUGCUUGAUGAAAUAAAGAACAAAAUCAAGGACAAAUUGCCUACUGCUGAGGAACCUGUUGUAGAGGAACUUGCUGCUGAGGAUUCUGAUGUACAGGAACUUGCUGCUGAGGAUUCUGAUGUACAGGAACUUGCUGCUGAGGAUUCUGAUGUACAGGAACUUGCUGCUGAGGAUUCUGAUGUACAGGAACUUGCUGCUGAGGAUUCUGAUGUACAGGAACUUGCUGCUGAGAAUUCUGAUGUACAGGAACUUGCUGCUGAGGAUUCUGAUGCAUCUGCCGACGAGGCCUAAACUUCUUAAACGGUGUAUUUCACAGAAAAUUAUUAACUCACAGUUGAAAUAAAUAUUUUGAAGAUAAUAUUACUCCAGUGUCAUAAACUGUAAAGUAAAAAAUGUAAAAUUGUCAUGUAACUUGAGAAAAUAAAGAUUUUUUUAUUAUUAUUAUUACAUAUAA